CAUGGAUGACGAUGGCAAGAUGGAUAUAGAUGAACCAGUCGGUGAAAAUGCAGGUGGUGGUGAUGCGAAGGGUGAAAGUAAGGAAGAGCCAUCCAGUUCAGCAGCUGCUUCUGUGGCAGCCAUACAGUUGAUGUUAGGAAGUGCAUUUGGUAUGAAGGUACCUCCACCGGAAUACUCUGGCAUUCCUCAGGAAACUACAGAGAAAGAACCAGAACCCAUUGAUGUUCAACAGAAAGUAGGGCAAGGAGAUAGUGUUCUUGAAACAGCUGCUGAAAAAGAACCAGUCCCUCCUGUUGAACCCAAACCAACAAAAAAUAGAAGCAAGAAGAAGAAAAAUAGAGCCCACGCAGAGGGCAAAGAUGACCCAACAAUAAUGCCUCUCAUUUCUGCACCUCCUUCAAUAGUUUCAAAUCCUCCCAGUAGAAUUACUGGUCCAAUUGAACUAGAUGAAGAUGACUUUAAUAAAAAUGAUAGGGAAAAGGGUAUGGGACGUUACUCGGGUCCAAGGAGCAGAGGAGGACGAAUGGAUGAAAGAGGACACUCGGAAGAUAGAGGACGUAUGUCAGAUGAUAGGGGUGGACGAAUGAGAGAAGGUAUGGAAGAGGAUGAUCACAGUCCUGGGAGAGGACCAUGGCAUAGGCCUAGACAUGGAAAGUAUAAGUAUCCAGAUGAUUUUGAUGAAGAAGAUUUUGAAGAUGAGUUUGGUGAUCGUGAACAAGAUUAUGGACGUGACUACGAUGAUUAUGGACCACCAUAUGAUAGAGGAAGGUCGGGUCCACCUGGGAGAGAUUUUGGUCCUGGUCCAAGACCUUUUGGACAGAGGCCAAAUUUUCCUGGACCACCACAUGGACACCAUGGCCCACCUGGUCCUCCAGGAUAUGGACCAAGAAGUUUUGGUCCAGACGGACCAUAUGGACCAGACGGCCCAGGAAAUUAUGGACCCCAUGGAUAUGGUCCAGGGCCAAUGAUGGGACCACGAGGACCUCCACCUAUGGGUCCCGGGGGACCACCUAUGGGACCAGGAGGACCACCAAUGGGACCUGGUGGACCACAUAUGGGUCCAGGAGGUCCACCAAUGGGACCUGGAAAUUUCCCGCCACAUGGCUUUGGGCCAGGUCCUGGAAUGGGACCAGGACCACCACAAGGACCUGGAUUUCAUGAAGGGUUCCAAGGACCACCAGGGUCCGGGUUCCCUCCAGCACCACAGGGGCCUGGACCAUGGCAAGGAGAAGGGUUUCCUCCACCUCCACAGCCAAAUUUCAAUAUGCCUAGCAUGCCACAGCCUCCGCAGACAUUUUCAGGUGAAGUUUUUCAUCAGGAGGGUUUCAAUCCUGCUUUUCAGCCAAUUCCUCCACCAGAGACAGCUACACCUAAGCCUCCAGUAACCCAAGAGUCUGCUGAGAAACUCAUUGCGAUGGGUAUGAAUCCAGAUUUAGCAAAAAUUUUGGAUGCUGAUAAUAAAAACAAACCUACUAAGUCUGACUCAAGUGGGGGAACACCAAAAAAGAAAUCAAAAAAGAAAAAGAAGAAAGGAGAAUCAGAGAAGCCCACAGAUAAUGAACAAAGUUUGGACUUUGAUGAGGUUCCACUGCCAAUGUCAAUACCCUUACCAGAUGAUGUCCCUCUGCCACCAGAACCAAAGAAAAAGAAGAAGAAAAAGCGUGACAAAGAUCUGGAAAAUGUUAUGUUUCCACCACUUCCAGAUGCUGUACCAAUAGUAGGACCAGCUCCUAAACCAGCUACUCCACCAAUACCUGUACUGCAACCAGAACAGCCAGUUUCUUCAGCAGCUGAAGGUUCCGUAGAUGUUAUGCCGCAUCUACCACCAGAAGGGUCUUCUGUUCCAUCACAAUACCAACAGUAUCCUUCACAGACCCAGUAUGAGUCAACUCAUCCCCCACAGUUACAGCCACAACAUGUGUCAGGUCAGGAACCUGUGCCAGUUGAACAGCCUCCUUUACCAGUCCCUCCAUCAAUAAUCCAGGCUCCAGCUCAGCCUUCAAUGUCCCAAAAUAUACCACAACAGGUGUUUAGCGGACAAACAGUUACUUCACAAAUUUUGGUGGGUACAACUCCUCAGACAUUACCACUUCAAACACAACAGCAAAUUACAAGCCAGGUGCCAGAAGCAAGUUCAGGGCAUUCUCAGAGUCAGCCUCAAGGACAGAUUGUUUCUAUGCAAGGAACAACUGUAGUAGCAACGCAACAACCUGCUAUGCAGCAGGUAUCUCAAGGGCAGAUAAUAGGGGUAACAGCUCCCACUCUUCAGCAGCCAGUAAUCCAGAUUGGCCAAUCUGUCAUAAAUCAGCCAGUUGGUCAAGGAGUGACUGUUUCACAGAUCCCAGUUCAGACAGUGCCACAGCCAUCUGUACGAAGGUCAAGGUUUGAUCCUCACUGGACUCCAGAGCCAGUAACAGCUCCAGCUGUUGUGUCUGUUAUCCAGCCAAUUCAGACUUCUCAAGUACCAGUAGCUCCACAGGAAGGAUCCAUUAAUUCAGCACAGGUACCUUUGAUCCAUCAACAGGUUGUUUCUCAACAGGGUGCAGUUCAAGCACCAGUACUACAUAAUCCAACAGCUAUUCAGCAGCAGGUUGUCCCAGUUUCAAACAUUCUGCAGGCACCAGUUGAACAACUUCAGCAAAGCCCAAUCAGCCAGCCUGUUCAACCUGUGACUGUUCAGUCUGAAAUCCCAGUACAGAAUUUAAACACGCAGGUAAACAUUGAGCAAACAACUUCCGUGUCAGAAAACAGAACUUGGCCAAAGAGCAUGGUCCCCUCAGUAGAAGAUGCCCCCAGUGAAGAACCUACUGCUAUGGAGACAGAUGAUACUGAAACAGUCGAUGAAUUGGAUGUGAAAGAAGCUGAAGACCAAAUUUUGCAAAAAGUAGAAGAAGGAUAUGUUUACUUCGAAAAUAAAGCACUGGUGAAAGAAGAUGGGUCUGCAGAGUCACAAGCGCCAAAAGAACCAGUUACUGCUUCCCAGUUGCUGGAAAAAUUUAAGCAAAAACGGCAGCUUAAAAAGACUGAUAGCAAGUCUGAAUUUACAAAAUUUCCAGUAGUGUUGCCACCACCACUUAUGCAAAAGACUCCCUCUCAAGAAGAAGCUAAAGCACUGGACAAAGGACAAGGUAAAUUCACCUUUGCUAUUAGAAAACUGAAACAGUUAGAAGCAGAAAAGGAAGAAGAAGAAAAACAGGUAUUAACAGCUUUAUCUACAGAAGAAGAACAAAAGAUGGGAGCAUCAGUUAAAGAGUUAGAAAGAGAGUCUAUGUCAGAAAAAGGAAAACGGGAUAAAAUGUCAAAAGAGAAAGACGUAGAGGGAAAGUUGAAGUCCUUGUUUAAAGAAAGAAAAAAGAAAUCAAAAUCUUUGUCUCCGGACAGAAAAUCUCGAUCUAGGUCUGAUUCAAGGGAGAGAAAGAAGUAUAAGAAGCAAAAAAGUGUUUCAAGGGAGAGGAGCAGAUCUAAAGAUAGAAAGAAAUCAAGAGAUAGAAGUAGGUCUAGGGGUAGAAAAAGUAAGUCAAAAGAGAGAAGUAGGUCGAGGGAUAGACAAAGAAAGAAGGAAAAGUCACUUUCACCUUGGAGAAAAGAUAGAGAAUUUUUCAAACGUUAUGGACGUUUUCCGCGACCUGGUGAAGCAGACAGCAUAAGUUAUGAAAGCAGUACUUCCAGAGACAGAGGAAGAUAUAAUGACCGAAGUAAUGAUAGAGCUAGGGGCAGUAGAGUCCAAUCAUCAAGGAGGAGUCGAGAAAGGAGCUUAGACAGGAGCAGGGAUCGUAGGUCUAGGGAAAGAGAGAGUAGGGAUAGAAGGUCAAGAGACAGGGAAAGUAGAAGUAAGAGGUCGAGGGAAAGGGAAAGUAGAGAUAAGAGAUCAAGGGAUAGAAGUAGAGAUAGAAUGUCAAGGGAGAGGAGUAGUAGAGAAAGAAGUAAAGAGAAAAAAGAAAGAAAAAGAAGUAGGGAAAAGAAAGUGAGAAAAUUGAGUAGGGACAGUGAAGAAAAAGAAAAUAAAAGAAGCAGGGAUAGGAAAAUUAAUGAGAAAGAUAGGAAAAAGGCCCGUAAAGGAAAAAGAGAUGAAAGUAGUUCCAGGAGUGAUACAAGCAGCAGCAGUGAGUCAGAAGAAGACAAACACAAAAAUAAGAAGAAAAGCAGAGAUAGAAAAUCUAGAAGUUUAAGUGUAGACGUUAGUAAAAAGCAUAAAGACAGAAGUUUAUCUGUUGAUAAGAAGAAAAGUAAAAACACGGAUAAAAGUUUCUCUGUAGAUAGAGAAAAUGAAAUGAUAGUUGUGAAAACAGAACCAGUUGAACAAAUGGAAAUAGACAGUCAUACCAUUAAGCCAAAGAACCAAAUAUCACAGGAAAAUGUUGAGAAAAGUGAUAUGUAUGAAGAGUAUAUUCAAAGAGAAGACAAGGUAUUGGAAGCCUCUGGUAGUUUGAGAGUUGAAAGUAAAGAAGUUGAAAUGGAAACAAAUGAAGAUAUUGGCAGAGGGAAAAAAGAAGAGAAAAAAACAGAAGUAGAUUCUUCUUCAGAGGAUGAACAGGAAAGGUUUGUAAGCAAAAAGGAGAAAAGAGUAUACACCCCAGAAGAAAGAGAAAGAUCAAGAAUACGUGAACACAGUGGCGAAAGAGAAAUGUCAAAGCAAUAUGAGAAUGAUAAGUACAAAGGAAAAGACAAAGAAAGGAGAAAAGAGAGAUACAAUGAUGAUUAUGGAGAUGAAAGAGCUAAAUCAUACAGAGAUGAAAGAAAAGGUGACAGAGAAGAUACCAGUGACUUCUCUAGAAAUGAAAGAGAAAGACGUAGAGAUGAAGAAAAUAGAUAUAGAGAAAACUGGGAAACAACAUUGAGAGAAGAAAGAUACAGAGAAACAAGAGAAGAAAAAUACAGGAGAGAUGAGGAAAAAGACAGAAAAGAGAAAAAGUAUGAUAGAAGAGGGGAUGACAGUGACAUUGAAAAAGAACGAAAUAGAGGGAGAAAGUACAAGGAGUACGACAGUGACAGUGCAGAAAAUUAUAGAAGUAGAAAAGAUGAUAGCCGUCAGAAAAGGCAUGAUGACCGUUUAAGUAGACCUGAACAUGUUGAACAUACAGUUGCUAAAUCUAAAUGGGAUAGUGGGAGUGAUAGUGGUGAUGAUUAUGAAAGAACUCACAACGAGGAAUUAUUACCAGCUAGAAGUGGUCCAAGUGUCAGAUCGAGAAAAGAGGAAGUACAUCCUUCCAAGAAUCUGUCUGGCAUGGUGAAACUCGAAAUAGAUAUAAGUAAAAUCAACCAGUUAAAAUUACUGAAUAAGAUGAUGAAAGCUAAGCAGCAAAAAGAGUCUGGAAGUGACCAGAGUAGUGACAGUAGUGAUGAAAAUGAUUCCAAAUCUAAGAAAAAGCACAAGAAGGAGAAACCAUUGAAAAAGAAGAAUAAGAAGGACAAGAAAAGGCAUGUCGACUCUGAUAGCGAAAAUGAAGACUCACCGGUCAAGCAAAAAAAGAAAAAGAAAACUAAGAAAAAGAAGAAAGAUAUUGAUUAUGAUAGUGAUGAUGAUGGUGAUAGUCAGAAGAAAGAUAAAAGGAAAAAGAAAGGUAGACAUGCGAGUUCCGAAUCUGAUGUUUCAAGUGCGGAUGAAAUGAAAUCAAGAAAAAAAUAUAAGGAAGGCCGAAAGGGGAAAAAGUAUGAUUCAGAAAGUGAUGAAUCAGUUACAAGGUCCAAGAAAUCUAAAGAUAAAAGGAGCAAAGAAAGAGAAAGAAGAUAUGAAAGCCCUCCUGAUGAGUUUGAAUACAAAAAGCGAAGCAGUGGCAGAAGGAGAAAACAAUCGGAAUACCAAACUGAAAGUGAAGAAGAAAAGUCAGUCAGAAGUAAGAGGGAUAAGCAGAGGUCAUCAAGGGAUGAAUAUAGAGACUUUGAGAAGAAAAAUAAAGAUAAGCUUUCCAGACAAGAGCUUAGAGAACAUAGUGAUGAGGAAACUAGGUAUCGAAAAGAAAGAGAAAAACAAAAAAGGCGAAUUUCAAGGGAUAGUGGAAGUAUGGAGGAUGAAAGAAGAUACCCAAGACAAAGGAACCAGUCAAAAGAAAAGUACAAGAAAGAACUGAAAAUAGAAAAAUUAUCAAAGAGAGAUAAGGAACGAAGACAUUCUGAAGGAAGUGAGUUCAGUGAUGAUGAUGAUGAGAGAAAAAGGAGAACUAGGAAAGCCAGAGAUAAAGGGAAAGAACAAAGUGAAUCAGAUGAAGAUCAUAAAAGAAAGAAAGGAAAGGAUGAAAGUGAUUCAGAUGAAGACAUUAGGAAAAAGAAAGGGAAAAGCAAAGAAAUGAGGAAAUAUGACAGUGAAGAUAGUGAUGACAAAUUCACUGAAAUUAUGAAAGGUAUUAAAAAAUACAAGGAAAAAUUAAUUGAGAAAGAUGCUGAUAGCAUGCGAAAGAAAAAAAGUAGAAGUCAAAGUGAAGAAAGAGAUGAUAGAAGUAAGACAGACAGAAAAAGGCUAAGUGAAUCAGAAAGUGACAAUGGUUCAAGGCGAUCUGGUAGAUUGUCCAAGGAAAGGAAAAUGCUUCAGAAAGAUAAACUAAUUGCUGAAGACAAGCGAAGUUCAAGCAGAGAGAAAAGAAAUGUUGAUGACUAUUUGAUAGAAAAAGUAAAAAAGAGAAGCAGGAGUCUUAGUUCACGAAGCAAAAGUAGAAGCAGAUCUAGAACAAAGAUUUUGAAAUCAGAAAAGCAGCGAAAAAGGUAUCCUAGUGAUAGUGAUUCAGGAAAGGAUGAUAGGAGUCGACGGAGUCAGAGAAAGAGGGAAGAUUCGUCCAGUGAUGAAGAAAGAAUGAGAAAGAAAUAUGAAGAAUAUGAAGAGGACAGACAUAGAAGCAAAGAUAAGGAGCAAAAAAAGAGGCAAGAAAGAGAUAGCUUGUCACCAAGACGGGAUGAAAGAUUUGAAAGGGACAGGCGAAGCCCAAAAAGACAAGAAGAAAUAAUUUUAAAAGAUAGGCGUAAGAAGGACAAGGAUGAAAGUUAUGAUGACGACUACAGAUCAAGAAAGAAAAGAGAGGUAGAUAAAAAGGAAAGAAGAAGGUACAGUUCAAGUAUAAGUGGCAGCUCUUCCAGUUCUAGUUCGGAUUCUGGAAGUGAUAUAGAUAAUGAGAGAAGGCAUUCAAAACUGACCGGUCAAAAAAACGUGAAAGCUGGGACAGGUUCCAAAAUGGGGCCUGUCCCAGGUACUCCCCAGACAACAGAAAAUACAGAUAUUGAAGUUACAAGAAAUCAAAGCACUAUUAAAAGUUUGAAAGCAAUUGUUGAUGUUAUUGAAGAAAAAGCUGGAGAAAUUCCAGAUUUGGAAAAUAGUGCUGACUUUCUACCACCAAAAGUAAAAACAGAUCUAGAAGUAACUCCAUCAAAUGAAGAUGUUAAACUUGAAGUUAAUACUAGUAAUUCAUUUUCUAAUAAUGAGGACGGUGCAACUGGUAAGGGACAUGGUGAAAAGUCUUCAAAGAAACAUUCUAAAAAGAAAGAUAAAAAGGAAAAAGAAAAGAAGAAGCACAAGAAAAAGAAGAAGAAAAAGAAGAAAAAACAUUCUGAAUCAAAUGGCGAUAAAGCAGACAGACUAAAUUCAAGCACGGACAGUUAUCUGUCUGUGGAUAAGGAAAAAUCAGACAUAGAACCGGAAAAGACAAGUAGACAACAAGAUGUGGAAAUAAACAAACUGAAGUCUGACAUAAAGGAAUUGCCUGAACAAAUACCUCAUCACUUCAGACGAACCAGUUUACUUGUAGAUUAUGCUUCAGAUGAUGACUCAUCUUCACAAGACGAAGGUAACAAGGAAACUGUUAAGGAUGCAAAAUCAAAGGAAGUUGAAUCCAAUCUGGCAUUCAGAACAGAGCUGCCUGAAACUGUUUUACCACCUCAAAAGCCAAAGGCAAGAAUCAGUUUUAGAUUAAGUGUUGAUUCUGAUUCCAGUACAAAGAAAUCACCAUCAGCAGAGGCAUCAAAAGAUGAUUUGACAGAGAAUAAAGAAGUAAAAACAAGUGGGCGAGAAACUAAAGAGGAUACAGAUAAUGAAAUAAAAGAUGAUAAAAAAGAAGCAAACAAGGAUGUUCUUUAUGAUCCAUUUGAAAUGUUAGAUGACAGUUCAAAUUCAGAGUCAGAAAUGCUUCCAAAACAGCCAGAUGUAAGCACAAAGGUUUCUGAUAAAUCAGAUGUGCUUAAUAUAGUAGUGACCACCUCGCAGUCGCUUGUAGCACCAUCAGUGAAUAUUUUACCAGACAUAGGAAUUAAAACUUCAGUAACAAACCUAAAUGCACAGCCUAUAGUCUAUCCAUUUCAGGCUUUGCAUUCGUGUAUAGUUCCUGGACCAGUUGUUGCCCCUGUUCCUGCUCCAGUUGGGGUACCAGCUCCAUCAAAUCUUAAGUCGCAACAAGUGGCCACACAAAAUGUAUCUGGUAUCCCACCUACUGCAAUAGUUCAACAAGUUUUACCUGUAGCACCUUCAGUAGGUAUACCAUCCCUAGGAAAUAUACCACCACCGUCAGUUACUAUUCCUAGUCUUGGAGCAGCUCAGAAAAGUUUUGAAGUAUCAGUUACUUCUGACAUUGUACAAACACAACUGUCAAGUGUUGCAGCUGAUGAACUGAAUCCUAAAUCUUCACUGCCUGAAAUUAAAGUUGGAUCAAAAGCUAAACAAGUUGAGAUAAAGACAUUUAUUCCCCAUGAAAAGCAUCAGUCAAAAUCAAAAGCAAAGUCAAGAUGGGAUACCGAUGAACUUAUCAAAACGGAGAAGAAAAAACAACCAGAUAGUGAUGACCUUUAUGAUCCAUUUUCCAUGGAUUCUGAUCAUUCACUACCACCUAGCCCAAAAGUGGAAAGAUCUGGAAUUACAAAACAAGAAAAAGCAAAAAAUGAAAACAAAUCCAAGGCAAAGGAAAGUAGUCCAGUUUUUGAAAGUAAUCUGGAUCUAGAAAAAAUUCCAACACCAGAUGACAUAAGUGCGUUGCCUAAACAACCAGCAGUUUUAUCCAUCUCAAAAACUACUUCAGCUAGUGUUUCCCCUAAAGUAACAAUCACAAAGUCUCCACCAAGAACAGAGACACAGAAAAUCACUAUGAAAUUUACAUCUGGUAGAAAAGUGAUUGGAAAAUCUGCUAUUAUGGCAGAAGAUGUGGAAGAAUCUGAUGAAUUGUCUCUUAUGCCAAAACUAAAACUUAGUACACCAGCUGAAGAUGUUGCUAAUGUUACUGAACAAAUUCCAGCUAAAAAGAGCUUUUAUGAGACUAAGAAGGCUCUAAAGAAAUCCAUGCAAGCAGCAGAAUUUAUUGAGAGGCAAUUAGAGAAGACUGAACAGAAUAAUGAAAGCAAUGACACAAUUGAUAAACUGGCAGAGCAAGAUAAUUUCAAAGAAUCUUAUGAAAAAGGUAAAACAUCUGAUAGAAAAAAUAGAUCAGAAUCAGAAGAGAAAAAGGUGACAAGGUCACCAAGAACCAGAAAACGGAGCAAAUCUCGAGAUACAAGUAGAAGCCUCUCAAAAGAAAGGCAUAAAAUUGAUUCUAAGGACAGAAAAAGGAGUAUUUCUAAGGAAAGAAAGAAGAGUUAUGAUGAUAGGAGAAGAAGUAUUUCAAGAGAAAGAAAACGAAGUUCAUCAAGGGAUAGAAAAGUCAGUGUUUAUAAAGCUAGAGAACAGAAUAGAAGGGAAUCAAAAUCAAGAAGUACAAGCACAUCUCGAGAAAGAAUUAGAGAAAAGAGAAGAAGUAAUUCAAAGGACAGACUGAAAGAAAAACGAUUUUCUAGGGAUAGAAGUUUGUCUAGAGAGCGCAAACAUAGGAGCGAUUCAAGAGAAAGAAGGGGCAGAAGAAGCACUUCUCCUGAGAACCGAAGGUAUAGGAGUUACUCAAGAGAAAGAAGGAAAGCUAAAAGUAAAACUCCAGAAAAGCAAGCAAAGGCAAGCCAAGGGGGAUCUCUUGAUCAGACAAAUUACAGAAGACAUGAAAGGAAUGCUUCUCCAAAAUAUAGAAGCAGCAGAAGGAAGAGAAGCAGAUCUAGAAGCAAGUCUCGGAGUAUUGGUAGAGAAAGAAAGUUGCCAAGGAAGAGAACAAGGCAGCGAAAACAUAGUUCUUCUGAAAGAGGAUCAAGUGAUAGUUCAGAUUCUGAUUCUAGUUCAAGUUCAUCUGAUGAUGAGGAUAGCCCUGCUAGGACAGAAAUGGAUAUCCGUUCUCGGAAGAAACCAGGUGAUAAAGUCUCUGGCAAGAUUAAGGACGAUGAAGGAACAACAGCAAUAGUUAAUUUAGAAAAAAUAAAACCACUGAGAUCAGAUUCAGUAGAUGGGUCUGCACAAGAUAUGCAACUAACAGAGACGUGUAGUGACAGUGACAAGUUGUUUGCACAGGCUGGGAUACCAGUACCUGUAACAACAGAAGGAACAGCCAAAAUUCUCAAAAAUGAAGAUAACGUUUCAAAAGAAAAAGAUUUUAUUGGAGUUGAUGAUGAAAUAAGUUUUAAGCUGAAAACCACUACAUCAGCUUUAAAUAAUAAAAGUGAUUUCACAGAAGAAUGUGAAGCAAAGCUUGCUUCUUCCCUCACAAAACAAUCUGAGAGGUCUAGUUUGUUUGAAAAAUUUUCUCCAGAAAAGAUGCUGACUCAGUUAGAACCAAGAAAAGUAAAUGCUGCAGAAGCUUUAGAUAAGGAUAAAUAUGAAACAGAAAGUGAUAACGUGAAAGGUUCUUGGGAGAAAACGCCUACAGGCUUAUUCAAAUAUUCUCCUAAGAACAUUUCUGUAAAAGAAAGAGACAUAAGCCCUGUUGUAAAACUGUUUGAUAUUUCCCCAAAGAAGUCAGCUAGCACUACAGAAUUAUUUGGAUUUGAGAAGGAGCAAUUGCUUCAACAAGGCUCUUCUAGCUCAUUAACUGAAAGAAACAUUAAAGAUGAUUUAGAUAAACAUGUGGCGGAAUCGGUUCAAAAGAAAAGCAAAGAAAGUAUAGAAGAGACAGAAACAGAGAAACCAGUUUCUAAAAGAUUAACAAGAAAACAGGCAGCUGCACAAAAACUUACCUUGCCGCCAGUUAUGAGCAAAGAUAUGCCAACCAGAGUACGUAAAGGUCGAAGACAAUCCUUAGAUGUAAAAGUAGGCUCUGAGUCUCCUAGUGUGACUGAAUCAAUGUCGGAAAGAUCUGAAGAAAACUCAAAUGAUAGUUCUUCCAUUGGGGAACUUGGUUCAAAUCAUGCAAGCAAAGAGGGGAGUUUGGAGAGACAAAGUACUUUGAAAAAUGACAGUGAGGAAAGACAUGAAAAUACUACAAAAACAGUUCAAGAUGUUUCAACAGAGUUGUUGCUUACAUCCAAGGCUAGUCAGAAGAAAAACGCUCAGAUUCAGAAAUAUUCUACUGACACUUCUAAAAUUCUUACAAUUAGUGCUGACAAUGAACAUGAAGUGAAUGAAGUGAGUGUAAAAAUUGAGGAUAUUCCUAUGCCACCUUCAAGCAUUGAUGAAAAUGAGAAUUCUUUGGGUUCCAAAGCUGCUAAAGUAAGUGCUAAGUCUGAUGAAUCCUCUGUUCAGGAUAAUGAGAUAGUGGAUAUGGACCUUGAUGAGCCUGAAGAGACGCAUCAAAGUAUUGAAAUUGUUCAGUUUCAGCCAGAGCAAAAGAAGCAGUCUAAUGCAAAGGAUAUCAAAGAUGACCUGAAAAAUCUUGAAUUGAAAGACAGUAAGCCCUCUGAACAGUCCCGAAAAGAAGAGGCAAAACGACUACUGUUAGAAACUUUUCAAAAAGAUGCUUCAGUAAAGGGCUUCUCGUUAAAGUUACAUUCCAAUGUAUCAAUGAAACCUAAACAGAAGUUAUCAAGUCAGAUGCUAGAGGAUGUGUUUGAUACUGGAAACACUAAAUUGGACAAGCCAAAGCUGAGUUUUAAGUUGUCUGAUGAGCCAAUCAAGCCACUUCCAUUUGGACCACCAGAAUUUCAUUAUUCACCAAAACCAGUUACAGUUACAACAGCAGUUGCUUCGUUUAAGCCCUUGCCAGAAGAAAGAAAUACAUCGGAAUCCAGGGCUCAACAGCCAGAAGCUGUGGUUGAGGAAAUAGGCCCAACAAAAUCGGAUGAAAUAGCAAAUAAAAGUGACAAGACAGAAGAAAGGAAAAGUAAAGAAGACAAUACUUCCGAAGAAAAUCAUGCUGACAAAAAUGAAUCGGAAGAAACAAGACCUGAUAACAACAGUGAGAAUGUGCAAAUUACUUCUAGGACCAAUGAUGUGACAGAUCUCUCGGAGACACCACAUGCAGAGGAAGUAAAAAAAGCUGAAAAUAUUCUUAAAACAACACAGAUCAGUCCUGAACAGAUUGGAAAAGCAAUUCAAGUGAUAGGUCAAGAGAACUUACGUAGACUUGAAGUAUUACAGAGAGAAAGUGCAAAACUUCUUCAAGGUAAAAAGAUAGAGGUUGUUGGACAGAGGCAAGACAACACGAAAUUAACAACUCCAUUACCUGGAAGUUCAGCUUUAUUACAUCCGGGGUCUUCCGACAACUCUAGUUUACAGAAAAAAUAUGACGAGGCAGAUCUUGGACAGCUUGAAAAAGAAAAACAGGAACUGUUAAAAAAGCUUCAUACUCCAGACAUAAAUCCAUCAUUUGAACUUGGCAGCUCAUUUAAAGAAAGCUAUGUAUUUCAUGGCCAGCAUAGUUCUUAUAGUCAAAAUUCCAGUAGUAGAGAAACAGAAAGUGGUGCUUCAGGCACACUAAGAGACUGUGAUAGAAAUGAUGACAAAAGGGCUAGAAGAGAUGAUGAUUAUGAGGACAGAAGAAGUGGUAAAGGACACAGAGAUAGAAGAAAAAGUCGUGAUAGCAGGAGUAGGGAAAGAAGUCGGGACAGGGAUAGCUACAGAGGAAGAGAUAGAGGAAGGAGUAGGGAUAGGAGUAGAGAAAGGGACAGAAGUAGAGAGAGGAAGCAAAAAAGGAGACAUAGAGAUGAGGAUAGGCAUAGAUCAAGGAGGAGAUCAAGAAGUAGGAGUUGGUCCAGAGAUAGAAGAAGUCGCAGCCGGGACAGGAGAAGUAGAAGUAGAGACAGAAGGAGCAGAAGUCAUGACAGAAGAAGCAGAAGUAGAGGAAGAGAUAAAAGGAGCAGAUCAAGAGAUCGUAGAAGCAGAAGUAGAGAGAGGAGAAGUAGGUCCCGAGAUCGGCGAAAAGGUAGACGAAGUAGAUCUAGGAGUCGAAAUAGAAGAAGUAGGAGUCAUAGCAGGGACCGAGACAAAAAGCGAGACAAACUCAAAGAAGAGAAACCAAAGAAGGAAUCUGCUCUAGAAAAAUUUGAGAAGGAACUUGCAGAAAAGAAGAAAGUUUUGCUACAACCUGUAGGUUCAUCUCUUGUAAGUUCUGCUUCACACCCAGUUGCAUCUCAGUCAGGUCAACAGCUUGUGUCUCACCCAGAUCCAAAUACUCAGUUUAUUGAUGCUCAUGGCCAGUUUGUUCAGGCAGACCCAGCAUCAACUCCUCACUUUCUGCCACAGCCAUUCCCAGUUCACCAGCAGCAGAUGCCAAUGUUUCCAAUGGGACAACACCAGCCUAUGCCAGAACAAUCAUAUUCAGGAUUUCCUGCAGAUCCAAGUAUGUUUCAGCCACAAAUUUCAAUGGGCAUGCAACCACAGCCACAAUUGGGACCACACUUCUUUCCUGAAGGUAUGCCUCCACAAAUGCCCCAAGCACCAAUGCCUCCCCAAAUGCCCCAAGCACCGAUGCCUCCAGGACCACAGCCUUUUCAAGGGCCUCUUAUAGGUCCUAGCUUCGGUCAAGGGAUGUUUCCACCCGGGCCAGGACCACAUCAGAUGGAUCCAAAUGUUAUGCCAGGUCAUCACCAAAUGCCUGUGGAACAACUACCAGCUCAAAUGGGUCCUCAUAUUGAUGUUGGAACUGGUCCACCACCGCAUCUUGCUGGACCUGCCCCUGGACUACAUGCCCAAGAUGGGAUGCAUAUACAAGGACCUCAGUCCCAGCAGGACUUUGGACCUCAGCAACCUAGAUAUCAUCAACCAAGUCAAAGACCUGAGACAGAGGUUGAGCGUCAGAGAGGCACUAGACCUAGGUCUUCAUUUGAUAGUCAACGAGAUGUAGCUAUCAAAAGUUCAGAGCCUGAAGAAGAGUAUGACCGCACUCCAAUACCAGACUUUGAUGAAGAAGAUGAAGAUGCACUAGAAUUCAAGAAUGGUUUUGGAGGACCAGGUAUUCCAGGGCAUCCUAAUUUGAAAACAUUGUACAAAAAGGAUGACAGUGAAAAUCAGACUAGAGAAAAUAAAAAGAAAGGAAAGCGAGUGAGUAGAUUUGAACCAAGGCAAGAGGAUCUUGUUAAAAAUGAAUCCAAGCAGGAUGCAGAAGUAGGUAGUCAGAAAUUUGAAGUACACGAAAAGUCUGUAGAGGCAGAAAAAGUAGAAGACACUUUAAAUGUUGAAAGAUCAGUUGAAGAUCAUACUGGUUUUGGAAAGUGGCAGCCAGUCAGUCCUGUUAAACGUGCAUUAAGAGGCACAAAUGAAGAAGCUAUGGAACUACCUCAUGGGCAUUUUUCAGAAGCUGAAAGAAAUGCAUCUGAACUUUAUGUUAAGCCUGAUGAUGAAACCGGUGAACUAGGCACUCCACAAAGUCAGUCCGAGGACAUGUCGGAUUCAGAUGUAGGCAUUGGCAAGCCAAUGAAGGUGAAAUCCAGAUGGCGUAGGGCAAGUGAAGCAGAAGUGCCACCUCCUCCCCCACCACCUAGUAAGAAAAUUGGGGAUGAUAACAAAGAAACAGAUAAGGAGGAAAAGGAAGAUGAAGAAAUUCCUAUCGACUUUGAACUGAUUGAAGAGAAUGUGUACUUGGCUGAAAGGAAAAGAUCAAAACAGAUGCGUGAAGUACGACGGAUGGUUUGUGACUGUACAACGUGUAAGGAAGACAGAGAGAUGGGUUGUGAAGCCUGCGGCGAGGACUGUCUUAACAGAAUGCUAUUCAUUGAAUGUGGAUCCAAAUGCCCCUGUGGAGAAUAUUGUACCAAUAAAAGAUUCCAGAGGAUGCAAAAUGCGAAAGUUUCACCAUUUAGAACUGAUUGGAAAGGUUAUGGCCUAAAAGCCUUGGAAGACCUGGAACCGGGUCAGUUUGUGAUGGAAUAUGUUGGUGAAGUUCUGGAUUAUCCACUGUUUAAGAAAAGAUCCAAACAAUACUCCAAAGCCGGGCAGCAACAUUUCUAUUUCAUGGCAAUUAACCCUGAAGAGAUCGUUGAUGCCACUGUGAAAGGAAACAUCUCGAGGUUUAUCAAUCACAGCUGCGAUCCUAACUGCGAGACGCAGAAGUGGACAGUGAAUGGUACACUGAGAGUUGGUUUCUUUGUGAGAAAACCUAUCAAGAAAGAUGAGGAGAUCACAUUUGACUACAAAUAUGAAGUCUAUGGCAAAGAAGCCCAGAAAUGUUACUGUGGGACAGCAAUAUGCCGUGGUUGGCUUGGGGGAGACAAGAGGAUGGAAUUGCGGUCUACACGUAGGUCUACAUCGGUGGAUGAAUCAGAGAAGAAAAAGAAGGAACUGUUUGAUGACAGUGAUAAGCUUGAGGAAGAAAUUGAAAGAAUGUCAGAGCUUCAUCAGGGUCUGAGAAACAAGAAUGACGUAUUAAACAUGUGUCGUCUGAUGGUGAGAGCUGAGGAUCCCGAACAUAGGCUGCAGAUUCUUCGUGUACUGGAGAACACAGAAGAACAAGCGUGUCUGCGGCUAUUCCUGGACUACCAUGGACUGCCUCUAGUCUGGUGCUGGAUGGCUGAUGCUAGACUGCAAGUCUCCGAUCUCAAACAUAUUAUGUUGAAGGUAUUGAAGAAAUUGCCUAUCACCAACAAGACCAUAUUAGAAGACAGUAAAAUUUUAGAUAUCGUUAAAAAAUGGUCAGAGUCUGGUGAUGCGUUAGACCCCUCUGAGGUUUCAGACGCUCUGGAAACUACACAGGAAAUUACCGACACUGAUAAUACAGAAAAUGACGAUGAAUCCAUAUCUACUCCUCCAGUGACUUCAAAUAAAAACCCGGUCUCCAUUCUUGCAUCAAUAAGGGAUAAAAAAUCUGUGAAAAAGUCUGUGAAGUUUGCGGAAGUUGAAUCUUCAUCUGACAGUGAAUCUCGUGCCAGUGCUUCUGAGAGUGAUAUCCCUGGAGAUUCGGUUGAAGGGGACGUAACUAGUUCUUCUCAGACUGGUUCUAGUGUAAAAACAAGAAGACAGCUUAAAGAAUUGAGGAGAAGGGUUCUAGAGAGAGAUUCAGCAGACACCAAGCCAGAAUCUGUGUCGGAUGUGACACAGUCUACAGAUGCUGAUAGUUCAUCGGAGAACCAGUCAGUGUCUAGUCUGAAGGAUUUAAAUGUAGAGGAAAGUGAUGACAAGAAUGUGGAGGAAAGUGAAGAAAAAACUGUAGAAAUAAGUGAAGAUAAAACUAUGGAAUUAAGUGAAGAAACUGAUCCAGAAAGCAGAACAAGUGCUGGUAUUUCAGAAAAAGAGACGGAAGAAUUAGAACAGAUUGUGAGAGCAGCUGAAAUAAAAACACUGGCCUCAGAUUUACUGGAACAUUGGUCAACAUUAAAGGAGGUCUACAAGAUUCCAAAGAAAGAGGUUCUGGAAGAGAGAAAGAAAACAGAGAGAGAACUAGAUUCAAACUAUGAGAAAAUUGCUUUGAUUGAAGAACGCAAGAAAAAAGUGUCAGGCUGGGACACAGUAAAGGCAAGGAAGAGGAAACGGGAACCAAGUUACAAAGAUGAUACGGAUGAUUCUGACUCAAACACUGCCUCAAGGAAAACUCUGCUUCAAACACCUCCGAAGAUGAGCAAGUCAGAGAGACGUCAGUUAUUUGAGGCUCAGGUGAAAGCUCAGGACGAGUUGGCGGCCGAGUACCAGCGGCACCAAGAACAGAUACAGCAAGAACAGUUUGAGCAGGAGCAGCUGAUACAGCAACAACAUCAGCGGCAACUCAUGCAAGACCCAGGCUUCUGGUAUUACGCAACUCAGGACCCAAACUUCCUACCGUCGAUUGGCAUAGAUCCGCAGCAGUUCUUGCAGCAGUUGGCAAUGGAUCCUGUUUUACUGCAGCAGCUGAUGGCAACAAUACCCAACUUCCAGCAACAACUAGAACAUCUCACCUUCAUGUACCAGCAAGCUGUUUUACAGGCCAGUCAGUUUGAUAUGGCAGCGCAACCAGAACCAGCACCUGUGCAGGAAGAUAAUGAACCAAUGACCGAACAGCAUAUGGCCUUCCUUCAACAGGUAGAGGCAUUUAAGCAGCAACAUCUUGAGCCAGCUAAGACAGCCAUGCCUACCAUAGAGGAGGAAGAUAUACCUCCACCCCCGUCCCCACCCAAAGGCAAGGCUAUAGUUCUACCCCCGAACUGGAAAACUGCCAAAGAUGCUGAAGGAAAAUUGUACUACUAUCAUACUGUCACAAGACAAACCCAGUGGGACCCGCCAAAUAUAGACACAGGAGAACAUGCUGACGACAUGGACCUGGGAACUCCGACACAGGAUGAUACUGUAUCUAGGUUUCUUGUUCCAUCAAAGUUUGCCUUUAUGGAGCCAGAAUGUGUUGAAUCUAACCUGGUGUUGGGUGAGCAAAAAGAAGAGAAAGAGAAAACAACCACUGCAGCUGCCGACACUUCCAGUGAAACGUCUCGUAAACUCAAGGAACAGUUCAAAACUAAGAUGUCCACAUGGAUUGUGAUAUGCCUUAAUCCAUUCCGUAAACCCGAUUGCAAACUUGGCAGGGUAUCGUCAACAGAGGAUUUUAAACAUUUAGCAAGGAAGUUAACACAUCAUGUGAUGGCAAAAGAAUUAAAACAUUGUCGCCAUGUGGAAGAUCUGGAGGUGAAUGAAAAUGUGAAAUCCAAGGCUAAAGACUUUGUCAAGAAAUAUAUGACCAAAUUUGGACCUUCCUACAAACGGUCUGGGAAUUCCCCGACAUAUGAAUAAAUACUACACGUUGCACUCUGGGAAUUCCCCAACUAAACACUAUUUGUUACAUUCAGGGACUUCCCCAGCAUAUGUCUAAAUACUCCAUGUUACAGUCAGGAAAUAUCUCAACAUACGGCUAGAUACUACACAUUGCAUUCAGGGAAUUCCCCAAAUUAUGAUUAGAUUGUAGCUCUGACAUUACUUGUGUAAUGGAAAUUUCCCAACAUGUGGUUCAAAGUCACUGAAGGCUUUGCCAAUGAAAAUCUUGAAAGUGUGAUUUUGAUAAGUGUUAACAUGAUAGUGUUUCAUUUUUGAUGUCACCUCAUUGAAAUCAGAUGUUAACUGCAUGGACAUUCAGAAACAGCUAACCACUUUUUGCAAUGAUGUGACAACUUUCUAAACAUGUAUUUUUCAUUGUGUGCUGAUGUUCUUUGAAACAACUAUUAAAGGGAGAUAAUUGAUUUGAUCAAAACCAACUACAGUAGGUGAAUUUUGAUACGGAACUACAUAUAAUAUGAAGUAAAUUUUAAAGGUUGAAAAUCAGUUUCUUCAACAGAUAGCAAAAACAUUUAAAUAAAAAAAUGAAUGUAUGAAGAUAGAAAUUAAAUGGAACUUAAAG